AUGUCGCCAGCGGCACUUGAUGACCCCACCGCCCCUCGCAAGCAAUUAUCUGGUCCUAACAGGGUGAAUUUCCAACCUUCUAAGCUUCUUCCUUUGUCGAAAUCCCUAAGAGAUGGUACUGAGAUUAUUAUUACACCCUACAUUAACGGAUACCACGAUGCGCCGUUAAAACCGAUCGUGGAAACGUUAUGUGAGGAGUUGAAUGGGGAGAUUGAACGGGGUGAUACGUACCCAAUGGACGAAAUUAUGAGCGCGGAUUUGUUUGAAGUGUAUUGGUUCGGAAAUUUUGCAGCGGUUGUGACAGUUCGAGGAGGACCCGACGAUGGGACAGUGUUGGGCAGUUUUCAUGUCAAGCCGAAUUAUCCGGGAAGAUGUUCUCACGUAUGUAACGGUGCGUUUUUAACGGCGAAAGCUGCGAGGGCACGAGGUGUCGGAAGGGUAAUGGCAGAGACAUUUCUGGUUUAUGCUCCUUUGUUGGGAUACAAAUCGAGUAUAUUCAAUUUGGUUUUCGAGAGUAAUGUUGCCAGCUGCAAACUUUGGGACCGGUUGGGAUUCACAAGAUCGGGCAGGGUGAAGGACGCUGGAUGGUUGAAAGUCGAUGGGGAGGAAAAGUAUGUUGACGCUAUUGUUUUCCAGAAGUUUUUCGAUACUCCAGAGGAAUAA